AUGAGUUCCUCGCGUGUAGAGGAACUCCCGGAUGACUUUGAUGAGUCCCUAGUUCUCAAUGAGGGCCCAACGCAAGGUCUGGCAGCGCCCGCCAAGAGCAAGAAUGUGUCGCUCGCAGAGAUGUACGAAAAGCGCCUGGACAUGCCCAGUGCAGCGAUCACGGACAAGAGCUUUGAGGAGAUCAUGUUCGACAUGAGCAAAACUCCCAUCUUCAUGGAUGCACAAGAUGUCGCCAAUCAGACUGAGGAGAAUGAACUGCUCGAGGCUAUCAAGGCGAUGCAGUAUGAAGGGACAAAGUCCGAGAUCGUCCAGGGAUUCAAGGACCAAGGUAAUGAAGUCAUCAAGGAGAAGAAAUGGGCGGAUGCCAAGGAGUUUUAUACCAAAGGUAUUGCGAUCCUGAACGCGAAGCAGGGGAAGUGGGAUGAGCCCAAGCCGGAGGAUCUAGAGGAGGAAAAUCGGAAGCAGAUGGCGUUGCGGGAAGUCGUAUAUGUCAAUCGAGCGCUGUGUCAGCUGGAGUUACGUAACUACCGCUCCACAACCUUGGAUUGCGCCCAAGCUCUCAAGAUGAAUCCGAGAAACGUCAAAGCACACUAUCGAAGUGCAUCAGCGCUACUGGCUCUCGACAAGGUACAUGAGGCGCUUGAUGUCUGCUACCGCGGCCUCAAGAUCGACGAGGAGAAUGUGGCGCUCAAGAAACUGCUGGACAAGAUCAAGAUUAAGUCAGAAGCACUUGAGGCACGCGAUCGGAAGCGUCUAGCGGAACAGAAACGCGCAGAACAAGAGCGGCUCACGCUCCAAACGGCAUUAGCGGCGCGGAACAUCAAGACAAGAGGCUCCCGCAAGCCACCGGACCUUCAGGAUGCCACCAUCAGACUGAGUCCUGAUCCGCUGAGUCCCAAGAGCAUGUUGGAAUUCCCGGCCAUGUUUCUGUACCCUCUUCACAACCAGACAGAUCUCGUCAAGGCCUGGGCGGAGAAGGAUGCGGUCUGGCAACACCUCAGCUACAUUCUGCCCCUACCGUGGGAUGAGAAGUCUGAGUACAAGGAUGUCGAGUGUUACAUGGACACGAUAACGGGCGGUUUGAUGAAGGUGGGUAAGAAGCUGUCGCUAUUGGAGUUGUUGAGCAACGGCAAGACCGAGAUCGUGGAUGGCCUUGUGAGGAUCUAUGUCGUGCCAACUGCCCGGGCCAGAGAAUGGAUCGAAGAGAUCAAAGCCUUGAAGGGCAAGUGA